AUCUCAGAAAAGAUCAAAUCCCCAAUCCCAUGCAGGUGAAGCUUCAGUUGACUCAGAGCAACAAUAAAUUCCCAAUCGCAACUUUCUCUAAAAUGAAAUUCCAAUUACCAAUUACUCACAAAUUUACUUCAGUCUCUCUCUGGCCCAUGACAUCCUUCAACUCUCCGGCCACCACUGCGGCGGUCCUUUUCCUUCUUCCUUCUUCCGGCCACCGUCAGUAGAGACGAGUAGGAAAUUGAGCGGCUGAAAUCGGCGGCGAAAUGUACAAGAACCAGCUCCAAGAGUUGGCCCAGAGGAGUUGCUUCAAUCUUCCUUCUUAUUCCUCUGUUAGGGAAGGCCCUGACCAUGCUCCGAGGUUCAAGGCCUCCGUUAACUUUAACGGCGAGAUCUUCGAAAGCCCUAACCAUUGCGCCACUCUCCGUCAGGCUGAACACUCCGCGGCCGAGGUUGCUCUCAAUUCCCUCGCUAAUCGCGGCCCUUCGCACUCGCUCGCCGCUCGGAUCCUGGAUGAGACAGGGGUUUACAAGAACCUCUUGCAGGAAAUUGCCCAAAGAGUCGGGGCUCCAUUGCCGCAGUACACAACAGUCCGGUCGGGACUUGGCCAUCUGCCUGUUUUUACUGGGUCGAUAGAAUUGGCUGGAAUCACCUUCACUGGGGAACCUGCCAAGAACAAAAAGCAGGCAGAGAAGAAUGCAGCCUUGGCAGCUUGGUCAUCUUUAAAACAAUUGGCAAAAGAAGCGGCGAGUUCAUCAGAAGCUGAAAGCAGUGAUGACCCGGAGCAAGUUGUGAUAGCUCGGGCAUUAUUGAAUUAUCGUUUAAUGGAGAAGAUGUUCAGGACUAACCCGAAUGCUCCAAUGCCAUUCCCAAAAAAGCUUUCAUUUCAAAGUCCAAGGGCAGCUAGUCCACAACCUCCCCCUGCAACCACAUCGAAAAUUCUUCCUUUCAUUUGCAAAAAGCCGGUUCCUCGAAGCAGACUACCACCAACAGAAAACAACAGCCCUGCGCUACCAUCACAGCCUCCUACAGCAUGUGGGAGUCAUCCUCAGAAGUUCCCUGCACCAGGAGCAGUUCCUUAUGUUCCAAUUCGACAUUAUAGGAUGCCCUGUCGGGGAAUCGUACCACCUGUGACUAUAAGGACUGCUGUGCCUGUUUACUCUGCACCGCCAUUCCCACAACCACCCAAGGUACCCUCACAGAUGCGAGCUGCCCCACCCAUUCGAAUGGCCCCACCGGUUUUGAUUAGGCAAGCUAUUCCAGUUUUUGCAACUCCUCCACCAUUUACGAGAAAAGAACUCCCUGCUCUUCACAAAGGAGAUUCACUCACUGUCCUUAAAGAAGAUCCUCCAACCAUUGCAACAGAGGAUUCUGCUGAUACCCUGAAAGCAUCAGAUCAUUCAGCUACUUCCGCUUCCGCCCCAGUCUCACUCGCAGCAUCUUCUAAUCAAGCACAGGAAACUCAGAACACAAAUGCAAUCAAUUUGGACGAGACCGAAACAGUUCAGAAUCUGAAACAACUCAAAAUUCAAUAGACUGUCAAGUUCAUUGGAUAUACUAUAUACUGUGACAAUCUCAAAUCAUCUUAUGUUAUUAGACUAAUGCUUUUAUUUUAGUCUCCUUUUUUAUGU